GUUUCUUAGCGUUGGCAAGAGAAUUAAAAACAACAGUAUAUACAUACGUAUAUGAAAGAAAAACACUUUUCGUUGAAAAAAAAUACGUCAAAAUCAAAGCAACGAUCAAUAAAAUCGGCAUAUUGAAUUACUUCAGACGUACCUAAUUCCAUUUAUAGUACAUUUUUCACAUCAAAAAUCUAUUCAAUUAUUUCCAUAGCAGUACAGCGGUAAAAUCAGCAAAAUUUCGUAGAAACAAACGAGAAAAUUGACGUGCGCUUUGCGCGAGUGCAGUGAAUGAGAGUGGGGCGCAGAGAUUGGCAAAUAAAAACCCGGAAAAGUGAAAAAUUUCAGUACAACAAAAGUUUAUGUAAAGACAAGGUGAACGAAGUCAGUCCGUAAACAAAAGUAUAUUGGCUACAGUUUACUACGUGCAUUCACGUAAUUUGAAAUAAUUGUACCAUAGUGCAGAGAACUUAAAACAUAUAUGUUUUUAGUUUCUCUGGUGCAGCGGCCGGUGUAAGCAAGAAACGUGUUGCAUUGAUAAAUAUUGCCAUCUCUGUUACUCGAAAGCGUUGGAGUGGCGAAAAUACUUUUCAGGCGAACAAGAGUUUAGUAGAGUAACACCGAUCAAUUCGUUUUGUUUUGAUAGUUCGUUGAACGGUGGUCGCAAAAGUGCAAAAGAGAUAUCAAGUGUGCUUUGGGCGCAUUCUUUGACAGCGAAGCAGUGGAAACGUACAAGGUAGAAAAGAAAUUCGCCUUACCUGGGACGGACAUAUUUCGCUUAGACCAUUUUGAAAAAAUAAAACAUGGCUGUAAGAGGUGGUUUUGAUCACGCUAGAAACUAUGGAGACCGUCCGGGGAAGCAGUUACCAACGGAACCUCCAUUUAUAGCGUACGUCGGAAACUUGCCACAAGGGCUGGUCCAAGGAGACGUAAUAAAAAUAUUUCAAGAUUUUGAAGUAAAAAAUGUCCGUUUGGUUAAGGACCGGGAAACGGACCAAUUCAAAGGUUUUUGCUAUGUCGAGUUUGAAACUUUAGAUAAUUUGGAACGCGCUUUGGAAUGCGAUGGACGGAUCAAAUUGGACGACUUAUCGGCGCCGCUUAGGAUUGAUAUAGCUGAUCGUAGGAAAAACGAACGAGGAGGCGCUGGUGGCGGUGGAGGCUUUAAUAAACGUGGCCCACCAAGACAAGGAGGCACUUCUGGAGGCGGUGCCGGUGGUGGUAAUCAUCAAUUUAAUCGCGGAGGUGGUGGUGCCGGUGGUGGUAAUCGUGGCGAAAAUAGAGGUUCGUACAAUGAUAAUUAUGGUCACAACGAUAGAAAUCGCGGCGGAGGCGGCGGCAGCGGUGGUGGUGGUGGCGGCGGAAUGAAUAGAGGAUACAACGAUCGUCCAGCGAAUAGAGGCCGGUACGGCAAUUUUAACAAUGAUGAUCGGUUUGAGCGAAAUCAUGAUCGCAAUCAUCGCGAAGGAAGUUUUGGCGCUCAAAGUAGGGAUGGAGGAAACGACCGUUAUAAUAAUUUCAGUAGGAAUAGAGGGGAUCGUGAUCGCGAACGUUCAAACUUCAAUUCCAGUCAUAAUGACAGACCCGCUCCGGCUGCUGCCCCGUUAGGCAGUAUAGAUGAUAGCGAGAGGCCACGGCUAAAUCUAAAGCCACGGACCAUACAAGCGCCAAUCAAUGCACUGGCAGAGACUAAACAGUCUGCUGCGAUCUUUGGCAAUGCCAAACCUCGUGAAGAAAAAUUAAAAGAAUUACAGAAUGAUACUAAGGAGCAUGAGGAUGCAGACGACUAAAGAAGCAGUAGAAGAGAAUUGUUUUUUCAUAUAAAUGCAAAUAGAAAGAAAAUAUAAAGCGGCAAACCAUAAGGCAAGCAGACAAAGAAUUAAACUUCAAUAUACAUCGCUAAGAUUAGCGUAAAAACUUUAUAUGAUAAAAUUAUAAAAACAGCGACAACAGCAAACGUAAAAAUCCAAAAUAGAACAUUUAAUUUUUUUCUUAAGUGACAUUUUUUGCGGAAAUGGAAGUGAAAAUAAAAAGGAAAAAGUAUAUUUGAUAACAAGCAGACAAGGAGAAAAAUCGUGCGAAUUGAAAAUAAAGAAACAUUUGAACGAAAAGUAAUUGUGCAAAAGGAGAAAAACUCUCAAAUAAAUAAUUAAAAUAAAUUUACUAAAACAUAAGUUGAACUAAUGCGUUAAUGAAAGGAUUCGGCAGCGACUGAGAGUAACAGUAAAGUUGAUUAUACAAGAGUGGUUAUAAGGCAACGCAAACGGGCGCGAGUGAGUUUAUAAAAGGACUUGUAUUGCAAAUAGCUAGCAGGCCUAGUAAAGUCUGGUGGAUUUGAUAAUAGAAAAACAGAAGUGGCGCGUGGUUCGUGGCGACAGCGGAUAUAACAGCAAAUUUAUAGAACUUGUGACGGCAAAGCGAAUGACGACGUGUAUGAAAAUAAAAAGGCGUUGAUUUAAAAUCGAAAUUACAUGGAAUUAAGCACUAGAUAUUUUAAAAUAAAAAGGCGUGAAGCAACAAAAACUGAUUAAUUUAAAAAUUAAUACAAAGCAAGCUGCAAAAUAUAAAAGCCUAUUUUAAGAAUAUAUUUAAAAUAAACUAACUAAUACUUAUACUUAUAUAUUAUAGAACUGUAGACUACCGCAGACAACUAAAAAAGCGAAAGCAAAAAGAAGCAAAAGCAAUACGAAGGAAACAUUUGCGUAAAAUUAUAAAUUUAAAAUUACGGGGUAGAAAGAACAAAGUAAAAAUAAAUAUAAACCUCUUCCCUCCUCAGAUUAGAAAAGGAAUAAAGACAAGGUAAUAAUAAAGCGCUACACAUAUUAAACAAUAAACACAUGCAUACAUAAAAAAUUAUAUUAACUAAAAUACCAUAAUAUUAUACCUUCAGCAAACAUACACGAUCGUGACACAUUUUAUAUGCGAAAACUUACAUGCACAUAUAAUUGGUAUUAAGCGUUAGUAAUAAAACAAAGUAAUAGUGUUCUCAAGAAAAUUUGUCCAAAAAGCGAUAUAAAAGCUGUGAGAAGUUGAUUGCAAAGAACAGCAAAGCGAAACAAGCUGAAGAGAAAAUAUUGCAUAACAAAAACUAUUUUAUAAAGUAUAGCUUGCUAAUUUUAGCUUGCUUGCAAAGUUGAAAAAAAUCAUAUUCCCCACACCAUAAUAUACAUUGAGAUUUUUAAGCUACCAAAGUAUAGUACGUUUGCCAAUAAUAAAUAAUAAUACUUUCUACAAUAUCGAAUACAUUCGUGCGCCUCCGAGGAUAACGAAAAUUGCCCUUCAACUCCAAUCUUGCUUUUGCCAAAUUCAACACAACUCAAAACAAACUGAAGCGACACAUAUAUGUAUUUCGACACCCAAUAUACAACACGAACCAUAUAUCAACUUAUUUUCCGCCUUUUUCUAAGCCUAUGAUUUAUACACAAACGUCUACUUGCUUUUAUUUGAAUAAUUAUAAGGGCAUAAAACUCGUAUCAGCAUAUCAAUUAUAAGAAAUCGUUUAUUUUAAGUUUAUCAUAUAUACCGAUUUCCGAUUAUACCGAUAUAUACUUUUCCGCAUAUUCGAUUCCAAAAAUCCUUUGAAACCUUGCGCCCCACUCUAUUUAUAUCGACAAAUCCGUUCCACUUUUUGCGACUGUCCCUUUUAUUUAUCUAAUCAUCGAUUUUGCACUAUUGUUAUCUCUGAAUUAUUAUUUACAUACAUACAUAUAUAUAAAUAUAUGUAACAUAUAUAUUUUUUUUAACUUUAUAUCUACUUAUUUAUGCAUGUUUGCAUAACGUUUUUGUUAUAAUAAAAACAAUUCUGCUUUGUUA